AUACUUUCACUACUACAAAUCCCUUAGUUUCUGGACGCUAUGUGCUCGACGCCAUGUAUCAAGCGUUAGCCAAAAAAAUUAUUUCCGUGUUUUUUCGACGCUUUUAAGCGUCACCAUUAGAUCUCGACACAUAAAAGCGUCGAAAAAAAUACAUGUGAUAUGCACGUGACUGUCUAUAUCCCGGGACUUCAAAUUUCAGAGGAAAAAAAGCGGGCUAAUUAAAUGAAACCAAAAAAAAAAAUAAUAAAAAAUAAAAAAUAAACCGCCAUUCAUACGCAGUUAGCAGUCAGAAGAAAUAAAAAAAAACCCUUUAGCUCCCAACAACGAACCCUAUGCUUGCUCACGCACAAUCACUCUCAUCUAAUCUCUAAAACCACUCGAAAUUGUUGAAUUUUCGUUGCUCUCUUCAAUAUUUUCUUCAAUUUUCGAGAAGUGAAGAAUUUAUAUCACAGGUGACAGAGGAGGAGCUUAUCUAAAAAUUGUUCUAAUUGUGAUAGUUGCUGCACUUAGCGAGUUGGCCGAGAGUACAGAACAGUCUAGAACAGUCUCAGGAGUUGCAGGACCACUAGUUAUUCUGGAGAAGGUUAAGGGACCUAGAUUUCAAGAAAUCGUGAAUAGUUGUUUAGGAGACGAAUCAACUCGUAGAGGUCAAGUUUUGGAAGUUGAUGGUGAGAAGGCUGUAGUUCAGUGUACUAUAGAUUUGGGUAUUGGUGGUCUUAAAUUCUGCUAAGUUUAAAACGUAGUGCUCAGGAAGAUCCAGUUCAAGCCUAUUAUUCUGCCCGAAAGUCUGAAACCGAGGUCCUUAUGGUGCUUCAUAGUAUGACUUAUCGAUUAAAAAGAGAAAGGGCUGCAUCUACUGCCCCUCGUGCAUAUAUGAGUGGAGAUGCAACACAUGAUUCACAACCAACCAAAAAACAAGCUAAUGAGCGAACGUCCCAAGUCCCAACGACAACUGUUAAAUGGGGACCGUUUUCUCCACCAGCUGCCACUAAAGUAAAGGUUGUACCUCCAUCUUUGAAUACAUCAACAAGUGCACAAAUGCCUAUGAAAGAUAACAAAGUUGGAGCUAUAUGGAAAAACCCACCAACUGGAACAUCAAGCUCACAAAAAGCACCAGCAUCAACUUACAACUCACAUAAGGCACCUUCACCUAAUGUACCAACAACAUCAAACGCACCCCCAUCAAACGCACCUGGCAAUCUUAAGACUCCAACUUUAAGUUCUCAUAAGGUGGCUGAAGAACCAUCAGGUUUUGGUAAAGAAACUCCACCCACACUUUCAUCCAUGAGCUUACCUAACAUCCCACCUUCUAUUACAUCAAAGUCACUAAAAUAUCCUUCUAAAUCUUCUUUCAAUUCUGAUCAGCCCUCCUCCUUAAACUUACUCAAUUCAAAUGAGAAAAGCAGAAAAGAAGAUGUUAAUAUUGAAACAGAGGAAAAGAAUUGUGAGGAAACAAAAAAAAGCUCAAAACUAUUAAAGUCUCUACGAUCAAAGUCACAUCCUGAUUGGCCUAUGACUGUAGAUGAUUUUGAUGACAAAGAAGAGGUCUUGACAGUAGAUGCCAAUGGUAACGUUGUAUACUUGAGUGGUUCUAUUCAGCCUAUUGAUGUUUGGAGUAAUAACGGUGUCAGAUUUUAUGUCGAAUUUAAUGAGCUGUACCAACCCAUCCGAAAAGGUGGGCAUAUUUUAAUCCGAUUCCUUGGUAACAUUGCGAAGAUAGAGACGUAUUGUCCACUUGGAGAAGAGGAUUGGCAUGCUAUUGAUGAGCAUUUUAAAAAGAUGAUAAUUAAUGAGAUGAGAGAUCGCUUUGUGAUUCCCAUAGGUGAACUAUAUAACAAAGCAGCCCUCAAGCGUGUUAAUAAAAGUUGGAGGCAAUAUAAGUUUAAUCUUAAGAAGGAUUACUACAAACCAACAGAGAAAACUUUAGAAGAGAUGUGUAGUGCUACACCACCGCAUGGGAUUAGUAGUCAAAAUUGGGUAAAGCUACUUAAGUAUUGGGAUUCGGAGAAAGGGAAAUCACUAGCAACAUGUGGUAAAGCAGCACGGGCCUCCCUAAAUCAAUUACAUAGAUGCGGUUCUAACAGUUUUGCGAACAAACAAGCUGACCAUGAAGAUGAGCAUGGAGAAAAGAUGAGCUUAUUAGCUCUCUGGAUAAAAGCUCAUACAGGCAAGGAUGGAAGUUUUCUUCCGGGCACAGUGACGGAAGAUUUUGUGGAUGAUGCGAAAGCUAAAGUUGAACAAUUGAGGUUGAUAAACCCUUCUAAGUCCCAACAAGAACUUGAAGAUGAAGCCUUUGAGCUGACCAUGCAUGGUGGAGAGAUCCCUGAUCGUCCUACAGGUUACGGACUUGGGGUUCGAAAGAGCGACAUUUACGGGGUGCAUGCUUUGCUAAGGAAGGACGGGUCUAGAAGAAUUAAACAAAGGACCGUGGUAAUGGAUAGUAAUGUGAAAGAGGAAAUGUCUGCUUUGCACAAAAAAAAUGAAGUACUUGAGAAGGAAAAUGAAAAGUUAAAAGACCAAGUACAAGAGAAUAAUAUUCUUCUUAAAACCCUUAUCGGACAGUUUUCCCAAAUUGUUGGUGGAGUUAAUGAUGGAAAGGGUUCAACAGAACUUCUUAAUUGUGCCAAAUCAGUCUUGGGAGUGACAAACCAACAGGUUAUGAAUGCAACCGGAGAACAAGGAAAAUCUACUAAAGAUGGAAAUUAACCUACUAUGCAAAUUUUUUUUUUAAUUUUAUAGUUAGUAUUUAACUUAGGUAGGCGUCAAUCUAACUUUUUAAUUAGUUGGUAGUUGAUAUAUGUAAUAAUAAUGAUGAUAUUUUGGACAUGAUAUAUAUUGAUCAUUAUAUAUAUUUAAUUGAAAAAACUUAUUGUAUGUUUUAUGAUUAACGUGCUGAACAUGCUCUGCGCUGUUUAUUGGUGUUUGUAAUUUUUUGGUGU